AUGAUCACUUCCGUUAUUGGAGGACAUACAACACUCAGCGCUGUACAUCAGAGGCAUGGUGGCCGUCCACAGCCGCUUGUGAACCUUGUAGAAGAGCGGAUCAUCACGGAACCCCCAGGAGGUGAUCCUACAGGUCUUCUGCGUUCAGCCGAGCUGGAUAUUGAGUGUAUGCUGUUUUACUAUCGCUGGACGGGUCCCUCUACCACUCUCGCAGUAUACGAAGACGAUAUUAUAAGCGAAUGCUAUUUUGAGGAGGAGUUUAGCUUGCAAAGUCUACAGCUCGACACCACAGAUCUAGUGCGAAAGUUCAAAGAAUUGGGGCAAGUGGAAGGAAAGCAUACCAAGCUAUCGAAAACCUUAAAAAAGAAAUCCAACUCUACCGCCAACAUGAAGACAACCGCCAUGCUCAUGAUCGCCGCCUUCGCCAGCAGCGCCUUCUCCCUCGAAGUCAAAGACGCUUCAACUCCUGGCGGUGGCACUCCUGGCUCUCCCGCCUGCAACCGUCAAUGCCUCAUCACCAUUUCCCCAGGCGACGGUGCCUCCACGCAGAGGUCCGAUGGCUUCCCUGGCUCUUGCAAGGAGUACGCUACUGGUCAGCUCAAGGGCACUAAUCGUUCUGUUGACGGAGGGCGUCUCAACAUCAAUGGUGUCGGGGGAAAUCUUGUCAUCGACUUUGUCAAGAAUGGGCGUGAUCGCCGUGCUUCCUUCACUAAUUGUAAGGAAGCUGUUUUUACGGGUGCGCAGUGUAGCCUUAAGCAGGGAGGGUGUGACAAGCAGGCUGAGUCUGGAUAA